AUGGCCGUCACACCCUAUGUCGACACCUCCCGCCUCGAUGGCAAAGUUGCUCUCGUCACUGGCUCCGGCCGCGGCAUCGGCGCCGCCAUGGCCAUCCACCUCGCCAACCGCGGCGCCAAAGUCGUAGUCAACUACGCCAAUUCCGUCGAAGCAGCCAACAAAGUCGUCGACGAGAUCAAGUCCCGCGGCGGCGAAGCGAUUGCCUUGCAAGCCGACGUGGGCGAGGUCUCGCAAACAACCAAGCUCAUGGACGACGCCGUAGCACACUUCGGACAACUGGACAUCGUCUGCUCAAACUCCGGCGUCGUAUCGUUCGGCCACCUCAAAGAUGUGACGGAAGAGGAGUACGAUCGCGUGUUCAGGAUCAACACCCGCGGACAAUUCUUCGUGGCGAGGGAGGCGUACAAGCAUUUAUCGGUGGGUGGCAGGAUCAUCAUGAUGGGUUCCAUCACCGGUCAGGCGAAGGGUGUGCCGAAGCAUGCGGUGUACUCGGCUUCCAAGGGUGCGAUUGAGACGUUUGUCAGGUGCAUGGCCAUCGACUGUGGCGACAAGAAGAUCACCGUCAAUGCUGUCGCUCCCGGUGGCAUCAAGACGGACAUGUACCAUGCUGUCUGCAAAGAGUACAUUCCCAAUGGCGAGAACUUGACCGAUGAAGAGGUUGAUGAGUACGCAAAGACAUGGUCUCCCAUGGACCGCGUCGGCCAGCCUAUGGACAUUGCCAAAGUUGUGGGCUUCCUUGCAUCCGAGGACGGAGAGUGGAUCAACGGAAAAGUCAUUGGUAUCGAUGGCGCCGCCUGCAUGUAA